GAAAAAUGGAUGACGCGCGUUACAAUAGUAUUUGAAUUUUAAGUUGAUGACCAGAAUAAUGAGUCAUGUUAUCGAAAAAUCACAACAUAGAUGCGUGUUUCUACAUGUUCAUACUUGUUAGGCACAAUGACGGUGAAUUCUCAGUGUGUCUUGAAGCGCAUCCGGCUUCAAAGCAUGGAUGAAUGUGAUUCACGCAGCAGUAGUACGUAUCGGUCCCCAGCCGUGAAGAGACUUGGAGUGCGCUCAACUCCGAGGAGCACGAAAAGGCCCAGUUCGUGCGGCAGGCUCGCGAAGAACUCCACGCCCAGACAUGCUUCUGAAACCAAAAGUGCACAUUUCGGGAACAUCACCCCCAUCCGGUCCAGAGGCGCCGGGGGCGCUGCAGCGGUUAGGAAGCGGGUGCUCGAGCACGACUCGACGGCUUCCGUCCAGACGGAGAUGCUCAUGCUGGACGAGACGUUUCUGCAGACGGUCGACUUGGACAGAGUCGAGAACGGUCGCUCGGCGGAGACGCCGCGAGGCCAGUCUCCCGACCUGUUCGCGGACGAGGACAGCUUUUCCUUCCCCGACAACGGCGAAGCUGCGAGAGUGGCCGGUCGUCUCGGGAGAGCGAGCGAAGCGUGCCUGGGCUGUGGGAAGGACGGGUGCCACUGCGGGGCGGGAGCGAGCGGAGACGCGCGGGCUCCCGCCCCGCACGACGUGAGCGCCACCUGGACGGACGACUCCGCCUUGGAGGAGGCCAUGAAGGCCACGCUGCUGUCCUGCCAGGGGAGCGUGCCCCUGGGAGAGAAGAUCAAGAAGGCCCUGCUGGGCAAUGCGCAGAAGGCUGUCAAGCCUAAAAUCAAGACUGACCCUCCUUCGCCCACGACCCUGUCUGCGCUGGAGGUCGACGGGCCGUUCUUCGGCCUGCCUCUCAAAGUUAGACAGCUCAUCGAAGAAACCAAAGGCAUAUCUGAGCUAUACCCCUGGCAGGAGGAGUGCCUGGGGCUGGCGGCGGUGCGGGAGCGCAGGAACCUGGUGGUGUGCCUGCCGACGAGCGGGGGCAAGACGCUGGUGGCGGAGGUCCUGGUGCUGCGGGAGCUGCUGUGCCACCGUCGCAACGCGCUCCUCGUGCUGCCGUACGUGGCCAUCGUGCAGGAGAAGGUGCGGUCGCUGUCGUCGCUGGCGGUGCCGCUGGGCUUCCUGGUGGAGGAGUACGCGGCGGGGCGCGGGGGCUACCCGCCUCGCCGCCGCCGCUGGAAGAACACGGUGUACGUGGCGACCAUCGAGAAGGCGCUGGGGCUGGUGGGCAGCCUGGUCGAGCACGGCCGGCUGGACGAGCUGGGGCUGCUCGUGGUGGACGAGCUGCACCUGCUGGGCGACGCCGGCGGCAGGGGCGCCAACCUCGAGAUCCUGCUCGCCAAGCUCCUGCACUCCGCAGCGGACCUGCACAUCGUCGGGAUGAGCGCGACCAUCGGCAACCUGGACGAGGUGGCAGCCUUCCUGCGGGCGGAGACGUUCUGCCGGGACUUCCGCCCGGUCGAGCUGCGCGAGUACGUCAAGUGCGCGGACCGGAUCUUCUCCAUCGACUGGUCGGCCAAGAGCCCGGAGGAGAUGUGCACCCUGUCGCGCGUCGUGAAGCCCAAGGACGCGAACGAUCCGGACUACAUCGCGGGGCUGGUGCUGGAGGUGGCGCCCGAGGAGUCGGUGCUCGUCUUCUGUCCCACCAAGAAGAACUGCGAGAACAUUGCGCUGCUCGUCUGUCGGGCCAUGAACCGGGACAUUUUGGAGCACAAGCUGGAAGAGAAGAAGGCGUUGUACCGUGCUCUCGUCACUGAAGGGAACGGCUCAGUUUGUUCGACGCUGCAGAAGACGCUGCCGUUCGGCGUGGCCUACCACCACUCAGGUCUGGUGGCCGGGGAGCGACGCCUGCUGGAGGAGGCGUACUGCGCGGGCACGCUCUGCUGCGUCUGCUGCACGUCGACGCUGGCCGCGGGCGUGAACCUGCCCGCCGCCCGCGUCGUGCUGCGCUCGCCCUACGUCGGCACGCAGUUCCUCACCAUGUCGCGCUACAAGCAGAUGGCGGGGCGCGCCGGCCGGGCGGGCACCGGCUGCCGCGCCGGGGAGAGCAUCCUCGUCUGCGCGCCUGCCGACGUCGACAAGGUGCAGGGCCUGGUGGGCUCGCGCAUGGACCGCUGCGAGAGCGGCCUGGCGCUGGCGGACGGCCACGGCGUCAGGAGCCUCGUGCUCACGGCGGUUGCGCAGGGGCUGGCGGGCAGCCGCGCGGCUCUGCACGCCCUCGCGCGCCGCACCCUGCUGCACGUGCAGGCCGAGCGCGCCGGCCACGACGUGCCGGGGCUGGUGGACCGGGCCGUGGUCGAGCUGUUCCGCGAGGGCGCGCUCCGCAGCCCGGCCGUGGCCCCCGACCAGUCCGUGUGCGUGACGCCGCACGCCGCCGCCGACCGGACGCGCGUCGUGCUCCGCAGGGAGACCCUGCUGGCCGUCAGCAGGCUGGGCCGUGGCGCCAUCAAAGGCUGCAUGGACCUGCGGAAGGCCCGGCUGCUGUACGAGGACCUGGUGCAGGCCCAGUCCAGCCUGGUGCUGCUCACCAGCCUGCACCUGCUGUACCUGGUGACGCCCUACGAGCUGGCCGAGCAGGUGAAACCCAACCCGCACGUCUACUUCUCCGCCUACAACGAGCUGAGCGCGAAGGAGCAGCUGUGCGCCAAGGUGCUGGGCCUGAGCGAGGGCUGCAUGGUGCGCAUUGGCAACGGGCAGACACCCAAGAACGUGGCGGAGCGCGUGGUGCGCAGGUUCUACCUGACGCUGAUGCUGGCGGAGCUGUGGAGGCAGGAGAGCGUGUGGCGCGUGGCGGCCAAGUACCAGGUCUCCCGGGGCUUCGUGCAGGGCCUCAUGACCUCGGCCGCCGCCUUCGCCGCCUGCGUCAUGCGCUUCUGCGAGGAGUUGCAGGAGCUGUGGGCCUUCAAGGAGCUGCUGGUGACCUUCUCGCUGCAGCUGUCCCACUGCUGCACCCAGGAGCUGCUGCCCCUCAUGGAGCUGCCCGCCGUCAAGAAGGGUCGUGCGCAACAGUUGUACAACGCGGGUUUCAAGUCGCUGCACGACAUUGCCAACACGAGCAUCGGGGCGCUCGUGUCGUCUGUGGACCACUUGUCCAGGAAAGUGGCCGGCCAGAUCAUCGCUGCUGCCCGGCUGUUGCUGCUGGAGAAAGUAGAGAGUCUGCGCGAGGAGGCGCAGGAAGUGCUGGAAGGAAUGGCUGCAGUCAGAGUCAACUAGUACAUACCUCACAUUGUUCCGAAGGGUGCUUGUAAAGAAUCAUUCGUUAUAAUACAGUGGAGAACCACUAUUGAUACUCUAGAUACUUUUGUCAAGUGACUGUGAUAAACAUUAUUGUGUAAAAUAUGUAUAACUAUACAUGAAUUGUAGAUCAUAGUAAAUAUAAAGUUGUUAAGCCA